UGUCAUUUCCUACAAAUUGUGUGGCAAAUAUUUCAGUAGCUUAUUUUUAUAUUUCUCAUUUUCACUAUUCAGUGGAUAAAUUCAAGAAAUUGUUAUGCUAUGGAAGAUAAUUAAGUAAAGAAGACAGUUCUCCAAGUUUUAGGUCUCAGCAUUUGUCCAAACUUCAGUUCAGAUAUUUGUCAAAAUGUAUCCCUGCUAAAAAUGUCCAAAGGGUCCAAAUGGUAUUUGUACAAAUGCCAUUGUGUUUUAACAUGAGGUUAAAAAGCACCUUAAAACGUGUUAAAUAGAGUUGACAAAGUUAAGUGCUUUGAUAAGGUUGACAACGGUCAAUUCAUGGGUUUUGGGUUCAUGUUUUCAUCUGGUUUUCUUUGCAAGAUCUUAUCAACUUCAGUGCGACACAAAAAAGUAAACAAACUAGAGGUGAUCAAAACACGAUAUCCAUUACAAUAUCAACUGAUACGUUUCAUGUCUAAUGCUUGUCUGAAUAUCUCUGUCAGACCCUUCCUUUUUCCAACCCUGUCUCUUGCAAAUUUCAUCUAUCAGUAUUCCUCUCUCUUCUCUCAAGCUCUCAUGAUCAUGGGUAAGAAAGUAGUGAGGGGUGCAUGAUUGGCACCCCUUUGAAGGGCAGCCAUUUACGUGAAGUGGGCAGCCAGAAUGCGAUGAAGUCACAAAGCAAGAGAAGUUGACGGUCUUUUGUUAAUUUAUUACGAAAUAAAUUAUGUCAAAGGGUGCGAAGAGAAAGACAAAAAUGACAGUGAUUGUUUGAGACAUAUUGCUCAACUCCAAUGCUGAUUGGCUGUCAUCAAUCUAUUGUAUUUCAAAAUAUUUGAGUUAUAAGUGUUUCACAUUUGAGUUUUUUUGGACAGCUUUUACAAGAUUCUUGUAGAUUAAAGACAAGUGAGUUUUGUUGCGAUGGUUUUUGGCAACUGCAAUGAAAUCAAAAUGACGCUGAAUGAGUGUUCCACUGUGAAAGAGCUAGAAGAGUUUGCAGGGUCUGUUCAAAUUCCCAAGAAGUUGAUUCGUUUCUAUUUUGAGAGAUUCGUGGAGCUCAGUCUUCAAGAUAUUGAAUUUGAACUCCCCACAGACUAUACAACUGAAGAAACUAUUUCGGACAUCGCGAUGGUUCACGAUACAUCUGUAAUGGCAUCAAGAGAUGAGUUUAUCAGCCAGUUAUUGGUAGAAAGUGAUGAAACCAUUGGUAAUUUAUCGCUGUAGAGAGUUGACCAACCCACUGAUUGGUGCGCUCCCAUGGUGGUGACCCCGAAGAGCAAUGGCAAGGUCAGGGUCUGCGUCAACCUGAGCAAGCUGAAUGAGUACGUCAAGAGGGAGAACCAU